GCCUGUUCGGUAAUAAUAAUAAUACCGACUCGCCAUAGAGUCUUACUUCAUUAUCAAAAACAUUAUUAACAUUUUUUUUAAUAAAAGACUCAUGCAAUCGAACGCGAACCACACACCGCAGGUGUAAAACAACUUGUGUAUCAAAAUGUGAGCCACUUACAGAAACGCGAACAGAAACCUGUUCUGUCGUGUCUAACCCAAAUAAUUAAAUCAUUUCUCUCACCUUACAAAAGCUGAGAACGCGGGGAUCGGUUGCUCCCAGGAGCUCGGACGUGCCGAACCAGCUGCCCUCCUGCGGCAUGGACCAGGUGUGUGAGCCGACCGGGAUGCGAGUGGACCGGGUGCUCCUGCUGGAGGGACCCCGGGAGGUGGAGGUCAUCGAGGAGUGCCACUGUGAAAUCAAGCUGACCCAGUGCAUCCGCGUCCCCGCGCUGAGGACGUACUACUCCGAGACACCAUACGAGACAGUCAUCGACGUGGGAGGAUGCUCCAGGUCCAAGGGCUCUCCAGAGGGAUUCUCCUGUGUCCCCACUAAGUUUGACUCAGCUUUGGUGGAAACCCCCAACAAACUGGACCUCAUCCAGACUGUGGCGGCCUGUGAGCUGAAGGAAAGCUGCUACAGGGUCCCAUAUGUGGAGUAUUAUUAUGAAAUAGUCUACAAUGCGGAUGGAGUCAAAGAGGAGAAGCUCAAAGAAAUAGAUGUGGGCAGAUGUUUGGGAGGCUGCACAACAGGAAACCAGUGUCUUCUCAGGAGUCCAUCAGACCCUGACAUUUGCCACUUGUGGGCUAAAAGACCGUCCAGCUCCUGCGUUCCUCGGGGCUACGAGAGCCACAGCUUUCUCUACCAGCAUGGGCAGAUUCGCACAAUCCUCUCCAUCACUUCCUGCCUUUGCCAAAACUGAACAUGGCGCCCCCUACUGGAAAAUAACUUCCAAGACCUGCGGAGGCUCGCGAAGUGUGAUCCACAGUGGUCGUAACCCACUGAACCAAAUACUGUGUUAGUCAUUUUUAG